AUUUAAAAUUAAAAGUGAAUAUAAGUUUGAAACGUUCAUUCACAUUAAGCAGAUAUCACAAAUCAAACCAAGAUGUUUUCUCUUAAGUUGAUGAGGCAUGUCUCUGCCGUAUCUCCGCUCAGCCAGCUGAAGUGGAAUUUGUGGAAUUGUGGCAUCAGGCGUGGCGUCAAGGUGGCCGUCAUUGGAGCUGCCGGUGGCAUUGGCCAGCCGCUGUCGCUGAUGCUGAAGCUGAAUCCGCUGGUCACGGAGCUGUCGCUGUACGACAAGGUCGACACGAAGGGCAUCGCCGCCGAUCUCUCGCACAUCUGCACGUCGAGCACCGUGCGCUCCUACUUCGGCAAGAAGCAGCUGAUCGGCGCACUGGAGUGCGCCUCGAUUGUCGUGGUGCCGGCCGGAAUGCCGCGCAAGCCGGGCAUGGAUCGCAGUGAGCUGCUGGACGCGAAUGCCAGUGUGGCGUCAAUUGUGGCGAAAGCCGUUAGCAACGCCUGUCCAACGGCGCUGCUGGCGUUCAUCACAAAUCCCGUCAACACCAUUGUGCCGAUUGUGGCGGAGGUGCUCAAGCAGGAGGAUGCGUACGAUCCGAAGCGUCUCUUCGGCGUGACCACUCUGGAUGUGGUGCGUGCCAAGACCUUCAUAGCCGAGCUGUUGGGCAUCGAUCCACAGGCUGUGAGCAUUCCGGUGAUUGGGGGUCAUGCCGGAAAGACGAUUCUGCCGCUGCUCUCGCAGUGCGACCCCAAACUGGAGCUCGACUCCGCCGAGAAGGCCAAGCUGGUUAGCCGCAUACAGGACGCGGGCACCGAGGUGGUCAAGGCAAAGGCGGGCAAGGGCUCCGCCACUCUGUCCAUGGCCUAUGCAGCCGCCCACUUCGUCAACUCUCUGCUGAGGGCCAUCAACCAUGAGGAGAAUAUCAUCGAGUGCGCCUACGUGCAGUCGGACCUCUCCGAGGCGGAGUUCUUCGCCUCGCCCGUGCUGCUGGGGCCCGAGGGCAUUGAAAAGAAUCUCGAUCUACCUGAAAUGGAUGAGGAGGAGGAGCAGCGCUUGGAGGAUAUGAUUGGACAGUUGAAUAAGGAAAUUGAAGACGGUGUCAAGCUUGUCGCCUGCUAAAAGCGGGUGCAAAUUCCAUAGAAAGUAGAGUUCAAAUAAACAUUAUCAUCAGUGCUCGUCA